AUGCCACCAAAAACACUGACGGCGGACAUGGACCCCAUGCUGCAGGAGACAUAUCUGCAGGACGACGCGAAAGACUUUACGCCGUCCUCUCAGGCGCUGGAUCAGUUUGAGGCACGACUCAUCAGCGGCCAACCCGCCCACAGUAAUCCCCCUUCACGGCGACAGGUCCUCCCCACACGGGGACUUCCCACCGCACACUGCAGCAAUCAUCAAUUACACCACCAGCAGGGACAGCAACAACAGGUGAGAAUCUCUAGGGCCUCUAACCCGUCCUUGCAGGGAGACAGCAGUUUAAGUCCAGAAGCUCAGGAACGAUUGGAUGAUAUUGAGGCAGUCCGCGCUCUGGGAAACGACGUCGAUGAGGAUGAUGACUGA